AAGUAGUGAUCCUAAAUGACCUAAGACAGGGAAUGCUUUCUACAAUUAAAUGUCAGGAAUUGUGAACAACUGAGUUAAAUAUGUAUUUUCUAAGUUGUAUGUAAACUUCUGACUUCUGACAACUGUAGUUCAGCCAGGACCACUCUGCUUAGAGAAACUGAAUUAUUUGAAAGCUUACAUAGCUUGUUAUUGGUGACAGGCUUAGGCUUUAAGGGGUUCAGCAUCUAUGUUAGACAAAAGAUGUGGUAUACCUCACUGAGGCAUAACCUUCUAAAAUAUUUAGAACAGAGGACGGCGACAGUGAGCAAUAGCAGCGUCUAACCAUCCAAUGCAAGAAGAAGACAUCCAUUAUUCGCGGUUCGCUCUUAUUUCUGCCCUCUAGUGGCUGCGAAUUGUUUUGACAGGGGGUAUGAUAUUUGUUCACGUCACUUUCUCUUACUUUCUACCGAACUAAAAGCCAGAAUUCGCUCAGAUUCAGUCUGUAGUGGUAGUAAAAAAAAUCUCCAAAGUGUCUUCUACGUACAGAACCGAGUUUUGGAGUGUGGAGGAGAAGACCCAGCAGCUGGUUCGAUGUUACGCUGAAGCCAUGCACCAGCAGAUGGAUGUGGGGACACAGACAGACCCAGUGGUGGUCUUGUCUCUGGCCCAAGCUGCUGUGUUGGGACUUAUAUCCCAGAAUGAGGUCUUUGGUGCCACCAUUGCACCUAACGGCUUUUAUACCGGAGAGCCCAAAGAAUCGCCUGCUCCGUCCAUCGAGCGGAUGGAGUAUGAGUAUGCUGACCAGCUCAUUGGUGCUAAUGGUGAUUACCUGGGUGUGAACCUCGGCGAGGACGGUCAGGUUCACCCAAGCUGUGCGGAAAGGAGGUGGCAGGGGACACCUGAAAACACAAAGCCUCUUAUAGGGCACCAUAACUCGGGUUCACAUGUCAAAGGUGAGUGUGUGACCCCGGGACUACCUUCCUGCAACCACAUGAUGAGCAUGAUGCCUAGAGAGAGCAUGCAGAUGGUAGACAACUCUGGUUACCGCCUAGCCUCCAAACCUCACCAAAGCAACUGCUGCUCUACCUGUGUGCGAGAACCCAAGAGCACACAUCCACCACCUAACCACCAUGUUCAUCCCCACUCCAACAGUCACACACCUAAUGAGGUUCAUACUCAUGGCAGAAACCAUACACUGGAGAAAAGAGGAAAUGAGGAAGAGGAAGGGAAUGAUGCAAGGAUGGGGAAGGCUGGCAGUGGAGGGGAGGAGAUCAGCAGCUACUUCCGUGCUAAUGAGGUUGGCUAUGAGGGUGGGGAUAUGGAUGGGGUAGGGGAGUUUGAUGAGAGCAACCAAGGCAUGUUCUGGGGGGAGCCUGUGGAAGGGGAGGCACCGCGGGGCCGCCGCAUUGACCGAUUGGACAUCAACAUACAGAUCAAUGAGUCGUAUUGUGUAGAUGUCGGCGAAGGCUUGAAGCGUUGGAAGUGCCGCAUGUGCGAAAAGUCAUACACUUCCAAAUAUAACCUUGUAACGCACAUCUUGGGUCACAAUGGCAUUAAACCCCAUGCUUGCCCACAUUGCGGUAAGCUCUUCAAGCAGCCAAGCCACCUGCAGACACACCUCCUGACCCACCAAGGCACACGGCCGCACAAGUGCACUGUCUGCAAAAAGGGCUUUACUCAGACCAGCCACCUAAAACGCCACAUGUUGCAACACUCUGAUGUCAAGCCCUUCAGCUGCCGUUUCUGCCGUCGAGGCUUUGCCUACCCCAGUGAGCUGCGAGCCCAUGAGGUGAAGCAUGAGCGUGGCCGUUGCCACAUCUGCCCGCAGUGCUCCAUGGAGUUCCCCACCUAUGCCCACCUCAAGCGCCAUCAGGUCAGCCACCAAGGGCCGGCCACCUUCCAGUGUAGCCACUGCAGUAAGACAUUUGCCUACCGUAGUCAGUUGCAGAACCAUAUGCUGAAGCAUCAGGCCCAACGCUCUUUUUCCUGCAGCCAGUGCGGCCUGCAGUUCCUGCAGCUCCACCAGCUACGUCAGCACUCUCUCAUACAUAAAGUGCUCAAGCCUCAGCCACGUGCCGCUAAGGGAACGAAGGGCUUCAAGUGUGAUGUAUGUGCUCGCGAGUUCACAUUGUCUGCAAACCUGAGGAGGCACAUGCUGAUCCAUGCUAGUGUCAGGCCCUUUCAGUGUCACGUCUGCUUCAAGUCCUUCGUCCAGAAGCAGACUCUGAAAACUCACAUGAUCGUCCACCUUCCUGUGAAACCCUUUAAGUGCAAGGUGUGUGGGAAAUCAUUUAACCGGAUGUAUAAUCUUCUGGGUCACAUGCAUCUCCAUGCUGGCAGCAAGCCAUUUAAGUGUUCGUACUGCUCCAGCCGAUUCAACCUGAAGGGUAACCUCAGUCGACACAUGAAGGUUAAACAUGGCAUGGAUGUAUCCCCAGAGGGACAAGAUGCUCCUCCAGAUCUGGAACCUCAUGAGGAUUAUGAAGAGGAUAACUUUAACUUCGCCGCCCCUGAAAAUAUGGAUGCUAAUGAUGCGCCUAAUCUCACCAAGCUCUCUGAGGUUGCUAUACAGGAGCUGGACUAUUAUAACUUCGGAAAGGAUGUGGGCAGCUACAACACAGCAUGAGCUCUAUGAAUAAGACUAAAGCUGAAAUACUGUUAAGUAUCCAUUGAACUAAUUGGGCACUUAUCAGCUAUACGCUGGUUGUUAUGUAUUUCCAUGAGAACCACGACUUCUCUAUUAUUACUGAUGGACAGGUGGCCAUUUUGGUUUCACUCAUGUUGUAACUAUUCUGAUCCUGUUUCAUAAAAACCACUGAAUUUGCUAAGUCUUUUGAACAGUUGUAAGUUUACUCUGUGCUGCAGUAUGACAUUUGUGCAGUACGUUAUUAAUUAAAGGUCCACUCAGCAAGGUUCAUGACCAAAAAAUAACAAUAUACAUAUAUAAAAGUGAUUAUUUACUGUCUUUAUGUUGCUUACAUAAUGUACACUCGCAUGAGAUGAAGGGUUAAAUUUCUUUGUUGACUAUUAGAUGGUGCAGUGGGUAGCAUUGCUACCUCACGGAUCCAGGGUCCCUGAUUGUUUCCUGACCUCUGGUUACUGUAUGUUCUCUCUCCCAAACACAUGACUGUAGGUGGAUUGGCUGUGCUAAAUGGCCCUUGGUGUGAAAGCGUGUGAAUGUGUGCAUGCAAGUUGUCUAUGAUUGAUUGGCAUUACCAUCAAGGGUGUAUCCCUACCUCAUGCCCAGUGGUGAAUGAGGCAGCUUAUUCUACAUAGCACAAGUUUCCUUGCUGUGGUUGAAAUCAUGUGCCCACAAAACCUAAGUAUGGGUGAAGAUGUCAUCAAAGAAGUUUUGUGCCCUCAUUGAGUGCAGUUGUGUCUUUAGAUGUCCCAAACCCUGUGAUCAUUGACCAGAUCUGUACUUUGGGGACAUCAAACUGCUGCCUAUGAGGGAGUUAAUUCAAACAGUACAAAGCAUUAUUCAGCUCAUGCAAGUUGUACAUAAUGUAAGGGGGGGGGGGGGGGUGGACAAAAAGAUCAUAAAUAAACACUGCUAUUUACAGACCGUUGACAAGUUCAAGGAACAGAACACUAUAAAGUGUGUUUUAGGUAAGGUUUUAGGCCACCAAGAGCCACCAGACCAGUUGGUGUCAGGGUGCCUUGGCAUAAAAGUCUCUGAAACUGUACUAGAGAUAAGUACCAUUCUUCCAAUAGAUAUGCUCUCGGUUAGUAGUGGAGAGCGCUGUCCACCAGUACGCUUCAAAAUCUCCCAUUGUCUGGUGACUACAAUAGCUAUAGCAUGACUUUACAUUAUUUUCAUCCUCAUCAAAUCAUUUAAUGAGCCCUCGUGCCAUGGGGAUGGGGUCAUCCUGGAGGAGACCAUGCCCAUCAGGAUAUAACUGUUUCAUCAUAAAGAUAAACAUGAUCAGUCAGAAUAACUUUGUAUUGAUUUGCAGUGACUGUUCUCUCUAAGGGGACAAUGGACUCAAAGCAUGUCAGCAAAAAUAAAUGCCCCCAACAGCCACUGUUUUAAUUUGUGACCCAUCUGUGUAUUGUCUGUUUUUGAUCUCUGACUGGACCGCUUAAAAACAGCCUAACUAAUAUGACUUAAAUUUCUUUGCCUCUACUUACUGUUAUUUAUAUACAGUUGCAAUCAAAAUUAUUAUUCAACCCCCCUGGCAAAUCAGGUUUAUUGUGAAAAUUUACAGACUUCCAGCUGUUUGAAAUGAACAAAUCAAACAAAAGCAAUUGAAAUAGUCCCAACACAACGAAUGCUUCAAGUGGUUUCGCCAAAUGCAACUGAAAAUGCAACUUAUAAUGAUUUCUCCAGUUUCAAAAUUAUUCAACCCCUUCAUGGCAACCAUCUUUAGUACUUAGUAGAGCACCCUUUUACUGUUAUGACCUGCUGCAAAUGAGAUGCAUAGCUUCUGGCAGUGUUCCUGAGGAAUCUUAGCCCAUUUCUCAUGAGCAAUGGCCUCCAGUUCAGUAAUAUUCUUGGGUUUGUGUGCUGCAACCGCCUUCUUCAAAUCACACCAGAGAUUUUCUAUGGGAAACUACUUGAAGCAUUCAUUGUGUUGAACUAUUUCAGUUGCUUUUAUUUGAGUCUGUAAAUUUUGACAGUAAACCUGAUUUGCAACGGGGGUUAAAUAAUUUUGAUUGCAGCUGUGUGAGGGAACGUAAAAGAGUGCCCGUUAUAUGUUUGUGCUCAGUGGAGCAGUGUACUAAUGAGUGUACAUACUUGAGUGUGUGUGUUUGGGCCCCAUUACCAAAGUCACUGCAUGACCAUCGACCCAUGUAGUACCACUACAAUUUCCAGAAAUCAAUACCUUCACCAACAACCAGUUAUUUGUAGAGAAUAAUUGUUCCCAUAUAUUAGUUUGAUAUUUAUUUUGCACCUUUUGAUUAAAAAUGCAUUUAAUAUCUUUUGAGGAGAAACCUGGUUUAUCACUGACAGUUAAAGCUCUUGUCUAAUCUUCAUCUCAUAGGAGAUAGAUAGGGCAACAUUGCCAGUUGUGUUAGUUUCUUUAAAUAAAGCAUUUUCAAAGUGAA